UUCUACACUCCACACCUCCAUCAGUUGUACACUCCAGCAACACCAACUAUCAAAAUGUCUCCCCAGUCCACCAAACAAUGGCUCCUCACCCACAAACCCCUCUCAACCCCAAUUGUCCCCAACACCUCCACCACCAACACCAAGAACGAACCCCAAACCUUCACCCUAACCACCACUCCCCUCCCCACUCUAACCAAAUCUCAAGCCCUGAUCAAAACAAUCUACAUCUCCAACGACCCCGCCCAGCGCGGCUGGAUCUCCGCCACCGCUGAUCCUCUCCGUCUCUACGUCCCCCCCAUCGAGCUCAACGCCGUGAUGGCCUCCACCGGCAUCGGGGAAGUCAUUGCCUCAGGCAACGAAAAGGCCCUACCCCCCGGGAAACGGGUCUUCGCGCGCACAGGCUGGAGCGAGUACACCGUUGUCGAGAUCGCCGAGUGUGCGGUGAUCGAGAGUCUGCCGGGGCUCAGGGAUAGUCAUUUUCUGGGGGCGUUUGGGUUGCCUGGCCUUACGGCUUAUUAUGGGUUGUUUGAGGUGGUGAAGGUGAAGGGGGAGGAUAGUGUGGUUGUUAGUGGGGCGGCGGGCGCGGUGGGGAGUAUGGUGGUGCAGAUUGCGAAGAGGGUCGUUGGGUGUAAGAGGGUGAUUGGAAUUGCAGGGUCCGAUGAGAAAUGUCGUUGGGUCGAGAAGCUCGGCGCAGAUGUGUGUAUCAAUUAUCGGAAGGAGUCGUUCGAGGAGGAUCUGAUCCGCGAGACAGACGGGUUUGUGGAGGUUUACUUCGAUAAUGUUGGCGGGAAGAUCCUGGACCUCAUGCUCUUGAGGGUUAAGCGAUAUGGACGCAUCGCGGCUUGCGGCACGAUUGCGAACUACAACAGAGACGAUGAUCCUGUGGGAUUGAAGAACUUCUACGAGGUGAUAUCCAACCGCAUCAGCAUCCAUGGCUUCCUGAUCUUCGACUACUUCCACAAAAUUACCGAGGCAAGGGAGGCACUGGUGCAGGCGUGGAAAGACGGGAAGAUCGAGGUCGACGAUGCUACGGAGACGGUCGUGCAGGCGAAAAUCGAAGACGUCCCGGCGGUGUGGAUGCGGUUGUUCGACGGCCGGAAUACGGGCAAGUUGACGACUGAGAUUGUCUAGUACGGUUAUGAUUUAUGCCGAAUGAUUGAGUGACAGCACGUGUUGGAUGUGUGGAUAUGGCAAUGUCUUCUAGUUGGGCUAAGAGGUAAAUGCAUAUAUAGCAGCUCUUUCAAGACGGCAAGAAAUAGUUCAUUAUCC